AUGAACAAAUUCCAAAUCCUCUGUUUGAUGUACAUUACGUUUGGUGGUGCUUUUUACGGAUACGACUUUGGAAUCAUCUCGUGUGUUUUGGGAUACUCCGAAUUCAUCAGUUACUACGGCUUCACUCCGACAACUAUUGGCGCCUUCAACUCGGCCUACUAUGCCGCUUGUGCCGUCGGAACCGCCAUGAAUGGGUAUUUGCCCAACAGGUAUGGUCGGUUGUGGACGAUCCGGAUCGGGUGUUUGAUCUCGUUUGUGGGCAUCAUUCUCCAGACUGCGGCCGUCAACUUUGCCAUGCUCUUGAUUGGCCGCAUCAUCGGGGGCAUUGCCACGGGAAUCAUCUUUGGGAUUUGUCCCGUUUAUGCCAGUGAGAUCUCUCCGCCUCAGAUGCGUGGAAGAGCAGGUGCUUUAUUCGCGCUCAACAUCUCCUUGGCCAAUUGUCUCACCGUCUGGAUCGGCCUUGGUCUGUACUUCAUCCCUGGGAAUGCCGCCUUCCGCAUCCUCUUCGGGUUCCAACUCCUUCCCGGGUUAUGUAUGCUCGCAGGGUCUCCGUGGAUGCCUGAGUCACCACGGUGGCUGGCCCUAACCGACCGAUAUGAGGACUGUCUCGCUGUGCUCAAGCGGAUCCAUGGCAAUGAGAAGGACGACUCGGAUUCCUUCUUUGCACGCGAAUUCCAUCAAAUCAGAGCCCAGAUCGAAUUGGAGAAGAGGGAUAAGAUCGGGGUCAAAGAUAUCGUCAUGAAGCCUUCUUACCGUCGACGAGUGGUUCUGAUCAUGGCUUUUUAUUUUUUCCAACAGGCAACUGGUAUUUUGCCUCAGGCGGUCUACCAGGUGCAAAUCUACACGCUCUUGAAAACCACCCCGGUUAUGUCACUCGUCCUCGUCGCAGUCUGGGGCAGUGUUUCGACAUUCGCGGUUCUCAGUCUCGGCUUUUGGUUCGACAAGAUCGGCCGUCGAAAUGCUCUGUUCCUCUCCUACGCCAUCAUGAUUCCUGCAUCGAUCAUUAUUGUCGGUCUGUGGGCUGCCUUUGAGCACGGCGGGCAGAGCAAUCUCGGACUAGCAAAAGGCAUCAACGUUGGUAUCUAUCUCACCGUGUUCGGAUACGCGGCUGUUAUGAAUACCUUUGGCACCACAUACGCAUCAGAAAUUAUGCCAACCAAGAUCCGCGCUACAGGAGUGGCGGCAGGCUACAUCGUUUUCAACGCCAUGGGUGUGCUCAUGACCCAGACCGCGCCACUGGCGAUCGCUGCUAUGACCUGGAAGUACUUUAUCAUUUGGCUGGUUCUCGACUGCCUGUACGUGGUCAUUGUGUACUUCUACUAUCCAGAAACGAAGAACAAGACACUCGAGGACAUCGCCGGUGUGUUUGGUGACAAGGUCGCCGAGUCCUGGGAGGAGACUAAACACUUUGUCGAGGAGGACAAUGGAGUGGUUCAGCCCCUGGCGCUUUCUGACGAGAAGGUGUCUAAUCCGCAGGUGGUGGCGUCUCCUCUGCACGUUGAGACCGUUACGCGGUCUGCGGCUUGA